UGUCUUCACCAUGGGCAAUUCCAAUGUCCUUGCUGGGAAUCAUCCACAUCAGCCACGUGAUAGCAAUAACAAUACAUGCUCCAAUUUUUCAGCACAUAAGGUCAACAUGUCUUCCAGCAGCCCUUUCUCAGACAACCCCUUCCUCUCAUUUGGGGCCCAUCCUCAACGUCCUUGUUGGCCUCUCAGAAGAGCAAUGCAAACAACUCGCUGCCGCUAUGGACUUGGCUACGAGGAAGAUGAUUGGUUGGGGUAAGCAAAAUGGAGGCCUAUAUUAUAUGUCGCCAUUGACCAAAGCACCUGUCUCUUGUCAUGUCAUGCACACAUCCACCAUAUGGCAUCAUCGUCUUGGACAUCCUUCCUCAGCUCGCCUUCAGUUGUUAUCUAAAUCUUUUCCAUUUAUAUCUUCUUCAUUUGAUCAUUCUUGCAUUGUUUGUCCUAUGGCCAAACAAACUCGGAUUCCCUUUUCCUUAAGUAGAACAUCAACUUCUUCACCGUUUGAAUUGUUACAUUGUGAUAUUUGGGGUCCACAUCGUGUUCACUCACAUACUAGUGCACGUUACUUUCUUACCAUUAUGGAUGAUUUUACUCGAUGCACUUGGGUGUUUUGA